AUGGACUCAUCGUCUGCCGAACGAGUGAAGGGUAGCCACCGAGAAGCGCCUGAAUCGCGGUGCCAGACCAGAUCAAAAACUAAAGCACAAUCCUCACGUGGAUCGUCAACUUCAGUUCCACGUCCCAUCGCCCAUGAAAAGCCUAGAUCUGCCCGGGUCAAAAAGCUUCCUAAUGAAAUCGAAAGCCAGAGUUUUACACGCAAGAGACCUGCGCCAAAGUUGGGAAUUGACGAUGAAUCGGUGCCUAACAAGAGGCGACGGAUCAAUACCAGGAGAACAGAAGACAGUCACAGAGAACCUCAUGAGAAGCGUUACCAGACCAGAUCUGUAACAAAAGCAAAAUCCUUACAUGUUAUUCCAACCUGA